AUGCAGAUCUUUUUCUUCAUAGUAGUUGCUUUCUCUCUCAACUUCCAACGAGUAAGGUUUAGCAAAGAGGAAUUAGAAGCGGAUAAUACUGGUUUAUAUAUGGACCAACCCCUUGAUCAUUUCGACCUUACUAACACCAAAAAAAUUUCUAUUCAAUAUUUUUUGAAUGAUACAUACUUCACACCAGAAGGUCCACUUUUUGUUGACUUAGGUGGUGAAGGUGCUGCGUCAGCUGGAGCUAUUGGUGGUAAAUUUGUGAUUGACAAGUACGCCCAAAAAUACAAAGGAAUGAUGUUGGCAAUAGAGCACCGAUUUUAUGGAAGAAGUCUUCCUGUUGGAGGACUCUCACAAGAAAACUUAGGGUAUCUCUCGGGUAUUCAAGCACUUGAAGAUUACAUUCACAUCAUUUCCGAAAUUAAAAAACAGAACCAAAUCACUGGCCCAGUCAUAGUAUUUGGUGGGUCAUAUUCUGGAAACCUUGCUGUUUGGAUUCGACAGAAAUAUCCCAAUGUAGUGUAUGCGGCUGUUGCUUCGUCAGCUCCUUUAUUGGCGACCAACCAAUUUACACAGUUUAUGGAUGUCAUUGAGAAAGAUAUGGGGCCACAAUGUGCAGCUGCCUGGAAACAAGCGAAUGCCAAUAUCGAACAACUCUAUAAGACUGCAGAUGGUAUUAAACAAAUACAAACGGAUUUUAAGACAUGCAAAGACAUCAAAAAUGAUAAGGACUUCACACUCUUCUUACAAGAGAUUCAAGCCAACUUUAUCUCAUACCCACAGUACAAUAACAAGAAGGAAAAGGGGAAGAAGUGCGAGGACGUCUGCAAUAUAUUGACUGGAGAAGACACUCCAUAUAAUGGGAUGAAGAAGUUGGUUGAAUUUAUGUUGAAUGACAUGAAACUGACUUGCUCGCCAUCAAGUUAUGACCAAAUGUUAAUCGAAAUGGCAAAGACAGAAGGCGAAUUUGAUGUCACAAAACCAAAUUCAUUUGCUUCAACUCGAAGUUGGGCGUGGCAAAUCUGUUCGGAAUAUUCUUUCUUCCAACCCAUCACAGAAACUCAACCAUUCGACCAAAGACUUAACAACGACUUUUACUACGCUAACUGCAAAGACAUCUUCGGUGUCUCCAAAGAGAAAUUGGAUAAGAAAAUUAAACACACAAAUAUGAUGUAUGGUGCUAUGAGCCCAAGAGUCACUAACGUGGCUUUCACUUCGGGAUCAUUUGAUCCAUGGAGUCCAUUGGCUAAGCAUGAAACUCAAUACAACGAUGUCGACUGUUAUGCGUCUUAUAUCGAAGGGACAAGUCACUGCGCCGAUUUGUACUCGGAAACCGAAGAAGACCCAGUUCAACUCAACACACAGAGAACAGAGACGGCAGCCUUCAUUGAUGAACUUAUCAAAAGAUAUUAA